AUGAGAUUCGCGUCACUUUUCCGUCAGCUGCUCGUGAUUUUUCUAAAAAUUUCCUUUGUCGAUGGGAAAGUUCUACCGGAUCAGUUUCCCCAACUCCGCGAGCAUUUCUUCUCGGUGAUCCACGUGAUUGGGAGGAAUGGGAGCGAAACCCAGUACGCUCAAUACCAACCCUAUCCAGAGAAUGGAGUCGUUUACCUGGAUGCGUUGAAAUCUUUCGAGAAUCCGUGCCAAUUCGAAAAUUUCACCGAUUUAAGGGAUUUAGAGAUUCACAUCCAACUCCCAUGUGCGGGCAAUCAAACGGAUCAAACGGAAUUCCUCUCACUCUUCACCAUUUUCCCAUUAAACUUCAGCGAUUGUCACCGCGAUAAAGCGACAAAACUUUUCUAUUCAUUAGCAAAAGUUGAUGAAAAGCAUCACGCAUUUCUCCCAAAAGUCGACUUCAGCGACUAUAAACCGAAAAUCAAUCUCAGCGAGUAUCCGAUCGAGAAUCGACCGAUCGUUCGAAUAUCGCACUGGUCAAGUGAAUGCGAGGUAAAAUGCAGUGACUCGUUGUCUCCAAGAGAUGUCAUUGUGAAAAAUGCUCAAUGCGGGGCCAUGGAGAGAACGGGUGAUGAAACGAAGGUAUGCGAUUUCUCAUCAAAUGAGUCGUGCAAUUGGGAAUUUGUCGCCGCGGGUGGCUACAAAUUCGAGAUAAAAGAGGAGAAUUUCACCAGCCAUAGCGGCUGGUUGAUGGAAAGAAUGGCAAUUGUGAGUGGUUUACCGCGAUCCCCAGUGGAUCCGCCGAUGAUCGUCAGUCCGUAUUUUGUGCAUACGGCAGCCACGUGUCUUAUGGAGGUACAGUAUGUUCUU